AUGUCUUUUAAUAGGAAUGCUGAUCGUAAAUUAAGUUUUAAGACAUCUACUAAGUUGCCUAUCUGCUCUACUUUUGAGGCCAUGAACCUGCAGGAAGAUUUGCUUCGUGGAAUUUAUGCCUAUGGCUUUGAAGCUCCAUCAGCAAUUCAAUCAAGAGCUAUUACUCAGAUUAUCAAAGGUAAAGAUGUUAUUGCUCAAGCACAAUCUGGUACUGGUAAAACUGCUACAUUUACUAUUGGAAUGUUGCAAGUUGUAGAUACUAAGAAUAAAGAGUUGCAAGCAUUGGUUCUGUCGCCGACGAGAGAACUUGCAGCUCAAAUCAGCCAUGUUGUGAGUAACUUGGGUGACUAUAUGAACGUAUCAGCGCACGCUUGUACUGGUGGUAAGGCUUUACAGCAUGACAUUAAGAAGUUUAACAAGGGAUGUCAUGUGGUAAGCGGUACUCCUGGUCGUGUGCUUGACAUGAUAAAACGGAGGAUAAUAAGCACGAGACAUAUUAAAAUGCUUGUUUUGGAUGAAGCAGAUGAGCUACUUAGCGAAGUACUGGGUUUCAAGCAGCAAAUAUACGAUAUUUUUGCAAAGCUGCCCACCUCAGUACAAGUAGUGGUUGUGAGUGCUACAAUGAGUAAGGAUAUCAUUGAAGUAACGAAAAAAUUCAUUACGGACCCCGUGAAAAUCCUUGUGAAAAGAGAUCAAAUAUCUUUAGAUGGCAUUAAACAGUACCACGUCAAUGUGGACAAGGAGGAGUGGAAAUUCGAUACUUUAUGCGAUGUAUAUGAUUCACUGACUGUAACACAGUGCGUGAUAUUCUGUAAUACCAAGAAAAAAGUUGAUUGGCUCUCACAACGGUUAGCUGAAGCUAACUUUACGGUCUCCUCGAUGCACGGUGAUAUGAAGCAAGAGGAACGUGAUAGAGUCAUGAACGACUUCCGUUCGGGAACUUCCAGAGUUCUUAUAUCCACUGACGUUUGGGCCAGAGGAAUUGACGUACAGCAAGUCUCGCUAGUCAUCAACUAUGACUUACCUGAACUACUGGAAAACUAUAUUCAUCGUAUAGGUAGAUCCGGACGUUUUGGCCGGAAAGGUGUCGCAUUAAACUUUAUUGUAAAGGAUGAAGUAUCAAAACUGCACGAAAUAGAGAAACAUUACUCCAUAAAGAUUAGGCCAUUGCCAGCAAAUAUGGAAGAAAUUUCUUAA